AAGGUUGACUAGUGCGUCACUUCCGAUCUCACUACGUCAUCUUCCUGCGACCAGUGGCGCGGAUCAGAGGAACAAACAUGGCGCCUUCACCCACCAAGAGGAAGGAAGACGACAAAACCAAGGAGCACCAACGCAGCGGAAAGGAGAAGUCCGGGGCCACCAAGGACGGGGCGGAGAAGGACCGCGGCCGCGACAAGAACCGCAAGCAUCGCAGCGCUUCCACCGGGAGCAGCAGCUCCAGCUCCAGUUCUGGCUCCAGUUCUGGCUCUUCAAGCGGCUCCAGCUCCUCGGGCUCCAGCCGCUCCGGCUCUUCCAGCUCCCGCUCCUCUUCCUCUUCUUCCUCCUCUCCUAGCCCCAGCCGCCGUCGUCAUGACAACAGACGCCGCUCCCGCUCCAAAUCCAAGUCUGUGAAGAAGGACGACAGAGACCGCGACCGCGAGAGGCGCCGCCGCAGCCCCACCCCCAAGCCCACCAAGGUGUACCUGGGACGCCUCACCAGGAACGUCAUAAAGGAGCACAUCCAGGAGAUCUUCUCCACCUACGGCAAGAUCAAGAUGGUGGAGAUGCCCAUGAACCGCCUGUACCCCCACCUGUCCAAAGGCUACGCCUACGUUGAGUUUGAGAGCUCUGACGAGGCGGAGAAGGCCCUGAAGCACAUGAACGGAGGUCAGAUCGAUGGACAGGAGAUUACGGCCACUGCCGUGCUGACUCAGAGGGUGCGCCCGCCCCCCCGCCGCAUGACCCCGCCCCGCAGGAUGCCCCCGCCCCCCCCCAUGUGGCGGCGCAGCCCCCCCCGCAUGAGGAGAAGGUCCCGGUCUCCACGGAGACGCUCCCCCGUGCGUCGCAGGUCCCGCUCCCGCUCUCCAGGGCGCCGGCGUCACCGCUCCCGGUCCAGCUCCAACUCCUCCCGCUAGUCGUCCCCCCUUCAUCGCCCCCCUCCCCUCUGAAGAGUCCUGUCAUGGCCUCCCAGUUAUAUUUUUAAAUGAGUUUGUGCUUUGAAGAGAACCGCUCAGUGAACCCGUGACCUCAGUCAGCCGACGGAGCAGUCCCAGCAGAACGAGGUGCUCCCUGUCGCCGGUCCCUUCCAGUGUAGUGUACCCCCCCCCCCCCCCUCCAUGGAGCCUCUUUUGAUACUGGGGUUUUGCUAUGACCGGUGAAAGACCGUGAUAGCCCCCAUGGUGUUUUUGAUUUUUUUUUAUGUUUUUACAGGAUUUGAUGUGUCCUUUGUGUGUUCCUGCCUUGUCAUCCUCAUGCAGACAUGCCUGGAAAGUUUAUUUGUUUUUUUUUAUGUCAGAAUAAAAUUGAGCUGGAAAGUG